AUGAGGAACGUUAACAACAACAGACCGGUUGAGGCAACCGACGAGGAUUCUUCAUCGAAUGGUCAAAUUGUCUAUUCACUCUACUAUGCCCAGAGCGAGUCCAGGAAACCAUUUGUCAUCGACAAGCUGACUGGUGUCCUAACACCAUCACCACAUGUCAUCUUCGAUCGAGAAACCCGUCCAAGGGAGGAUGUUACUGUUAAGGCAACAGAUCGCGGUGAUCGGCCAUUGAUCGGCUUCUGUCAGUUCUCCAUUGAAGUGGUCGACGUCAACGAUAAUGCUCCACAAUUCGAUCGAGCCUCCUAUGAAACCAGCAUGUCAAGGAGUGAAGCUAUCGGGUAA